CAGAAGAAGCAGUCAGUCGGAGGAGUGUCGUCAAGUGAAUUGUGUCAGGCAGGACUUGCAUGUGGAGUUGUGGACUGUGUCUUGAUUGGCGCUGUACGUUCUUCAGCGGGUCCGUGUAGCCAGGUCGCUUGGACAGGGAAGAGCCAUUGCCAAGAAAGAGGCUCGAGUGUCUGUGUUUUGACGGGACCACUUCAUCGGAACUGUGUGCUGAAAAUCGCAUCGAGUAGCAGGCACAGAACGCGUCGUCGUGACCUCGUGAACUGGUUUGAACAAGUUCGAUCCUGUCUUGUGCAUGCAAAGGGCACCCGCGAGUGGUUCGUCGGUGGACGUGAGAAGGAAAAAUUCUUGCACGAUUUGACCUAGCAGCGCCGCGGUGAAAAGUGCAUGAAAAUGAAAAAUCGAUAAAAUUUUAUUGCACCGAAAACACACACACCGUCACACUUACGCACAUACACACAGCAGAGGCAGUCAGUUUGCGUCUUUGUUGUUGUUUUAGUUCGGGACGAAGAAGGUGUCCAGGUUCAGGUGACCGUAGGCUAGCGUAGAUUACCGGUUGUGUUCCGUAGGACUUUAAUCCUUGGUUCGGUUUUCUUUGUUCGGCCUAUACCUUGUGUCGAGUCUUCCGAGAGUCUCUUUAGUCACGUCCUGUGCGCGUGGGUGUGUGUUUUGACGGCGGCAGUGUGUGAUUGUGAUAACGCAUUGAUAGUAGAGGAAGAAUCGGGAGUACCGCCGGUGCUAUAGGGGGUGGUAGUGGAGGUGGGAGCAAAAACAAUCCAGUCUACCUUAGCAGCAGUAACUAUGCUCAAGUAUCUAACGCACAAACUUCGCACACAAUCAAUCAACGAUGAACAUCCAGUCAACAACGAGAAGAUUGACGGUCACGACUCGGGCACGGAGUCCGACGGAGACCUGGACCAGGAGGAUGAUUUGAUCCAGGAGCACGACAUGGAGCUGAGUCUGAGCUCCCGGCAGGACACAGCCUCGCCCACGGACACGGCCUGUUCGUCGGAAUCGCCGGCCUUCCUGGGGCCGGUCUCGCACCUGCUGGCGUACGACCAGAACAGUUCCGAGGAGGAGCUGGAGGUGAUCAACGGUGGUGCUGCCUCGGUAGUGGACAGUGAAACCGAUGGCGAUGGAGGAGGUGGUGGCGGCGGCGGCGGAGGAGGAAGCGGUGGCGGUAGCGUGAUUGGCCUGGACUGUGCCGGUGGCGUUAGCGUCACCGGAAGUAGUGAAAGUGUACACCGUGCGGGCGGUUUGCUGAUGUCACUGGCCGACGUCGGCGGGUUCCAGAACGUGUGCGACGACGAGCUGGACGACUGUGCGGAGGAACUGUGCCUAGCGACGUCUUCGGCGGCAUCGGCAGCCGGGCGGUUGAGGCCACUGACGGUUACACCGACGCAGCUGGCAGCGGCUGGCGCGGCGCCCAAGCGGUGUAGUUCGAACAAUUUGCUGGAGAAGCGCAAACGUUCGCUGGCGCACAGUUCGGAUGAUGAGGUCCGCCAUCUGCUGGAGAAUCAGCACCAACAGCACUACCACCAGCCACACCAUCACCAGCACCACCACCCACACCAGCCGCCCCAGCUGAUGUCGGCCCCGGUGAACUUUCGCACGUCGCCACCCCUGGAAGCGUUGAAGCCCCAUCGCGGCCACAUCAUCCAGCGCUCGACGACGCCGCUCAUCCUGACGGACAGUGGCCGCGGCCUCGAGCACAUCCGGAUAUCGUCGUCCUCGUCAAUUUCAUCGACGACCUCAUCGCUAUCGUCCCUGGGUGGUGGCGGCGGCGGCGGCGGUGGGGCCAUGUACGGAGUCCUCGGCGGAGGCCUGCCCACCUGUGAUAGCCCAGCGACAGUCAACAGCAGCCAUCAUCACCAGCAGCACCAUCAACAGCAUCAUCAAACUAGUAACAAUCUAGCACUGUUAAGUACAACAAGCGGCAUGGGCCAGGACAUGGCCGUAGCAACCAAUAGCGCGAUGGAGAUCAGCCGGUCCGUUAGUCCGCCGGCCAAGGUGUUCCACUGUGCGGUUUCACCGCGGCGGAGACAGCCCUCGCGGCAGCAGCGGCUACAGCGGCCGCACAGGCCCUGUUUAGAUUUCGAUAAGAUGCAGCAACUCAAGGCGCGCUCGGUGACCACCUGGCGACACAGUAACGAACACUCGGGCGAGCUGUCCGUCUUUUGUUGGUGAUGAUGAGCGACCGGCUCAAAACGACGGAAGUCGUCCUGCUGCUGCUGCUGCUGCUGCUUCGGCAACACCACCAACGACGACGACGACGACCGCACCGUUUGGCGGCCACGCGUAAUGAUCAACAACAAAAACAAAGCUCUAUUUUAUUAUCUCAACAACAACCGUUUCAAAAUCAUUACAACCGUACUACUAUUAAUUUGUUUUUACACGAAAUCUUUGCUGUUGACGAGACGUUUUGUUUGUACUCCCAAUAAUGAAAAACAUAUCCCAGUUUAUGUUUGGGCCGAGUAGAGCAAGAAGGGCGCGCGGUGUAGGCACCACGAUACGAUAGGAGUUUAGAAACAGAAAUCUGAUUUUUUUUUGUGAAGAACGAGACGCACAGCUUUGUUGUGCCAACAUUGCUGGAUCUGAUCCAGUGCCGUGAACUACUUGAAUUGCAGGUUGCGUUGGAAGCAAGCGAGAUAAAGGAAAAUAAGGGAUUUGGUUGCAAUUUUCGUGCGCGUACGAAGCGAACCUUGUUAUUGAUGUGUGAGAAAGUUACACGCGAGUUCUAUUAGUUAUUUUAUUACUUAUUACCUUUCAAAGCAAUUUUGUGAUUUUAAUAUUUAGUAGUGUUCUUAAGUUCAUCCUUGGUCUCUUACAAUGAUACAAUACACAUUAAUAGAUACAGCUAACGAAUGAAAACGAGGUGGGAGACAGCGAAAACGUACAAUUAAUUUUAAAAAUCGAGUUGGUAAACGACAUCUAAAAGUGAGCAAAUUGUGAGAAAAAGUGCAGUGAGGCCCUCGAACGAAUAUCUUCUAAAUGGAAAAGGUCAAAACUCAGAGUGAAAAGUCAAGAGCGAUUGCUUUUUUUUGAAAAUCGUCCUCGAAUUGCAAUCGCUGCUAGUUUAAGUUGUAGCUCUAUCUCUCAGGGAUUUAAACGUGCUUAUUCAGGCAUGAGCUCGGUUCAACCGAUACUCUUAUACAAGCCGCGAGGAUCGAUUUCGUUCGGUGUUCAAGGGUUUGCAGACAAGCUCAUAGUUGGACUUGGCGUGAGAUUUAAUUCCGUAAAAGCAACGCAAAAUUCUCAACAAUGUCCAGAACUCACGUCAAAUCCAAGACUUACGCGAUAUUUUGCAGCCGAAGCAAUCUAAAACAAGCGGCUAGGGCUCGAGGAUGGUGAAGAAGCAACAAUGUUACACUUAACAACCGUAUUCUGCCACUAAUGUACAAGCACACUCACAUUAACAACAAAAUAGUAACAACAAAAAUAACUGCCGUAAUAUCCAUUCUGUCAUUAACUGAACCAUUUAACCAAUUAGAACGACGAUGGUCGAAUAUGUGAUGGUAAAUUUUGAGCAUAAUUUUCAAAUCAACUCGGCAUGACGAAUAACACGUUGUUCGAUUAAUGACAGAAGCAAUAAGGUGUAUUAAAAACUAAGAUCUAGAAUACACGCGAAGAACUAAUAUUUCGAGAUCAAAUGGAUCUGUACAGUAAAGGUCAACAUAAUUUGUGAGUUAAUCUCUUUGAUAAAAAAAUGGCGAUUGAUUGCAAUCUGGAUAAUCUUUCCAUUGAAACAUCCAUUGCUGCAGAGCUCCAUUUGAAUUGGCAAUAUCGCAGACAUACACUAUCGACUCGAUUUAAACCCGUAAACUACAGAAUAAACGUUUCUAGACAUUUGAACACGCAAAACAAAACGACAAACAAUAAACAAUUAUUAUAAUUGCAGUAUAUUUUACCGAAUUACAAAUUAAAAAUUUAAACACGCAAAUCAUAGCCGACAGUAGCCAUAAACAAUUUACCAUAAGUCUUUGGAUCGCGUAACAGUCAGAAUGUCAAGUAAAACAUAAAGUGUCCAUCUUUGAUUAACUAGAGCACGUGCGAGCAGAUCUUACUAGGUGUGAUUAACAAUUUAUUAUAAAUACGAGAUACAACCAACAUCACCAUUUCUAAGCUGUUUGAUUUGCCACUCAGUUCUCUACCACGAAAAGAAAGAAGCAUUCGUUUUUGCCAUCAUUCAGAGGAAACCUCCCACUCCAAAGCUGUUAUCUCCGGGGGUCUUCCGUGCGCUCCAGGGAACCUUUGCUUGGAACCCCCUUCCACACGCGAAACUUUGAGGGGCUGUGAUAUUUUGGGCCAACGGACCAACCCGGGGUUGUCUGUGAUUAUUAGCGGCUUUGGAGGGGAACUUCCACGACAUCCUCCUCUCCCAACACCACCACGUGUGAGUUUUUCUCCUCCCAAAUUAUUAUGUUCAAAGGUUGAUGAAAACAUGUAUAAAAAUUAAAAGCUCAAACUUGACAAAGGUUUAGCUAACCGAGCUGGCGCAGAUAAAGAGAGAGCGUGGGCGAAAUAAAAGACUAAACGAUUUUUUAAUUCUUAAGAACUACUCGAUGAAGAGACGAUUGAUUGUGGUUCAGCGAAGGAGAACACACGUACACAUACAUUUACAAAUAAAAUCAUGAUUUUUUAAAAUAAACCACAACGGCGACAAGGAUUAACAUUUUCGAUAUUCACACUGAAUAAAUCAACAAGUAGAUGGCUUAAUCUUGAUGGCGAAGAGAGGACGAACCAGGAAGAGCAGCGACAUUCUUGAUAGUAAACUAAGGAGAAACGAUUGCUUUUAGUAUUGGAAACUAUGAUAAACACACAAAUUAUUAAUAUUGUACUAGUAGAGAACCCGACAUAAAAUCUAAGAAUAAAAUCUACACACAACAACAAAACAAUUUUCUGUGGAACAAAUCAAAUAAUGAUUAGCGAGAGGGACAAGGUCGACGACGUAAAAAAAGCCUGACACACAAACAUACACACUGACACAAACAAACCAACUCACAUGAAACUAAAGAAAACUUUGAUGUUGUCUCAAUUGAAAUUGGAUUACGAGAAAUCUUCAAAAAUGAAGUAAAAGAGAAAAACAAAAAUCUUAAUAAGACAUUGCAAAUCACACAAACUCAAACACACACCCCUACAACACACACAAAACGAUUGAAAAUCAUUGGAUUGUGAGAAUUGAUGGAUCUUAACACAGUGUACCGAACAUGUCACGUCACGGAGAGCAGGUGGGAAAUAGAAAUGAGAGUGGUGACGAGGAUAAAAAUCAUAUGAUGAACUUUGACAUGAAUGAACUUUGUAGCAAGCAUAAUGAUGAUAUUUUUUACGUUAACUUUUGUUUUCAUUCAUUAGAUACAAGAAAAAACAAAAAAUGAAUUAUUAUUGAUUAAACCAAUUGAAAAUAAAAAAAAAUACAAA